GGGGCAGGUGGGCUGGAGGAGGGGCCGCGCGCGCGCCAGACGUUACAAUUAAUUUGAAAGCAAAUAACGGAAAUUUUUUAGUUUCCCCAUUCGCCUCCGUCAUCCAGCCCGGAGAACGAAGAGGGCGCCUGGACAGCGCCACUUCGCGGCCGCUCUGAGGAACUUCAGGAAAAAGGAAGAAGAAAAGAGACCGCGCUUGUCGCACUUCGCUGAUGUCAUCGAGAGACGCGGUUGCCAGGGCAGCCAACGCCGAGGAAGAUGAUGGAGAAGAGCGAGGAAGAGCAGCAGGAGCUAGUGCUGAGGAGGAGGAGGAAGGUGCUGGGGACGCUGCAGGUGCCGGAACCAGGAUAGUGGGUGGCACUGGUUGGCAUGGUGGACCUGCCACUCAAGGCAGACCUAGGGGUGCUCGUCCUCAUGGUUUGGCUUCCUAUCGUGGCCUCAUCCCCCUGGGGACCCUGAAAAGGAGCAGCAGCCCUGGAAGGACGGGAGGCUUGAUGUGGGUGCAAAGCAGGCGAGAAGAGCUUCUGCAUGCAAAGCAGAUACUCUCCCUUCCCAACAUGGCCUGCUUUGCGUAAAUACACAUUUCACCCACCCCACCCCUUUCCUCAGUGAUUCCCUUGCAGCAAAUAAACUGCUCUGCUUAAAGCAUUUUGUGCUGCUGCUGCUGCUUUUAAAUGGAAAUGGUGGCUUCUGUUAAAGAAUGCCCAUAGGGAAAAGUUCUCAAAAGUGGUGGUGGUAGCAUGUAAUAUAUAAAUACGCACACAUACGUAUGCCUUUUGCUCCUAUUUCUUUCCUUUCCUGCCUCCAGCAUCUGUUCUCUUGGGAUUGGGGUCAGGAGCGCAGUAUACUAGGACUGCCAACUUCCUAACUGGCCUUUCUCCUGCAUCUUCUACAGCAGCCUGGCAAAGGUGGAGAUAGAAAAACCAUCACUAUAUAAUUCCUGCUUGUUGGGCUGCUUUUUAAAGCCACAAGACCAGGAAGUGGGGGGAACUCAUGGCAACCCUAGAAGGCUGGCCUGUGUAGACUUGUCUUAUUAAACCAGGCUUGAGCUAAUGGCCUUUUAAUUCCUUCCUAAUUUGUGACUGUUAUUUUUUUAUGAUUCAUUUACUUCCUAGGCUCAUGUCAGGGGUUACCUGGUCAGGAAGAGAUUUCAAAGCUUAAAGGGGGAAUAUGAUAGCAUCGUCAAGGAGAUUGAAGGGGAUCUGGAUUGGCUGAAGUGGGACAAUCAUUACAUGCCUGUGCCGGUGUUUCUUCCAAAGGUAUGGUUACUGGUUCUUUCUACUCUUGGUAGAAGCUGGCAGUGCUUAUAAUUUCGCUGGCUUUUAAUUGCACGAGGAGGAAAGAGAAGAAGGAAAUGAAAACUGGCGGCAGUAAAAGUGAGGGUGAUACUUAAUGUUGCAGCCAUGCAUUGAAAAUGGUGCUCUUCUUCCUCUGUCUUAAAUAUAGUCUGUCCAGAAGCCAAUAAAAGCCAAGGAAUUAAGUGUCCAAGAGCCAGGGGCCAACAAGAACAAGUUGCAUGAAAAGGAGACAGCGUUUUGUCGUCAAGAAGAGCUACUCUCCAAAAAAACCCUUUAUUGCAAGAUGCAAUCACCAGCUGAAGUGGUGGCAGAAACUGAGGCUGAGGAGCAUCUUGUGGGCAGGCCCCCUGGGAAUGCUUGCAGCCUGCCAGGAGAGAGUGAGGAAGGCAUGUACCACAGUAGCGUGUCAUCCGAAUGGAGCAGCAUGAUCCUCGACAUGGAGUCUCCAAGGCUGAGCCAAGGUAAGGCAUGUGGAACAAUUUGAGACUCCAAGCCCCACCCACUGUCUUCCUUUGCUUUGCAGUACAGUUGCUGUUUUUCUCUGUUCUUCAGCAUCAUCACCCAACAUAGUGCUUUUUGCUUAUGCUGAAAAGGCAAGUCCCUGCCCCAAUAAACUUACCUGGUAGUGGGGGGCAGGGAAUAGGAGCCAACUGGAGGGGAGAGACAAGGGGGGGGGGCAGACUAAGAGUGGUUUCUUGACCUUUUGUGCACCUCUUGUUGUGCAGAGCUUCAUUUCCAAACAGUACCAGAGAUGCCCCAAGCUGUGCCUGACCUCCAGCGCUACCGAAAGCACCUGGCCAUGGAGCUGCUGUGGCUGCAACAAGCGAUUGCCAGCCGUAAGAACGUAAGAGCUGGUCCUCAAGGAGCCAUGGGGUGUCUUCUGUGCAUGGGAAAGAGAUGCUAGGAGAGCCAGUGCUGUGGUGCGGAGCUGUGACUUCUUGUUCACACCUUUGUAAGAUGCCUACAGCACCCUCCCACCAUUGAGAAAAGAGCUGGUGGGUCUGGGAUGAUCCCUCAGCUUUUGUUUCUUUUAAUCUCAGUGGGUGGGUAAAAGGUAAAGGUAAAUGGACCCCUGACAAGUCCAGUCAUGAACGACUCGGGUUUCGGCGCUCAUCUCGCUUUACAGGCGAGGGAGCUGGCGUUUGUCCGCUUCCGCAGACAGUUCAGCACCAAAUAGCUAAAACUGUCAAAGGCAUUAUCCAUUGGAGUCUAAUGGGGGUACUGGUGCUUAUUACAAUUUAAUAUUCAUUUCAGAACCAAUGGUGCCCUAGGUGCUGUACAAAGGACAAGACUUCAUCUGCAACUCAUUUCCUUAUUUCUUCCUUUCCUCUCUCUUUUCUCCCUCCCUCCCUUCUUCAUAGUAUUUGAUCCUGAAGCAGAAGUUGGGGAGCCCAGAGUGACUGCCGACUUGGAGGUCUCCAGCCUAUGUUCCCAGUCAAACAGAAACAGAUGUAACUGCUCUUACCAGCCAUCAGGGGGAAGAAAGCAUUGGGGGAGCAGCUCCCACCAUGACUGCAGGGAAAAGCUUGUAGUUCCCUGGAGCCGGCUACUCCACAUGCCCCCAGCUUUGAUGUUUGUGAAAGCAACAGUGAAGAUUCUCUUCCGAUUUAUAUGUUGUGAGUGAGGCUCAGAGCCCAUUUCUACAGACUGAUAGCUGGUCUACCUUGGAUGAAAUCUGAACUUUACAUGAGCUAUUAGCACCCUUUAUGGUCUCUGUAUUGGCUUGUUCUGCAGUCUGUUGGUUGUUGACCUUGGCUGCAUGUGGAUGAUUUGACAGAAGGAGGUAAGUCCCAAAUUGGAGACGGAGCUUUGUGGCUUCAUAGAGUUCAGCUCCCAUAACUGUACUCCAGAGCUUACAAAUAUCACUGUGAAGUGACAGACAUGGCUCUUAACCUUUGUAGAACAGGCUGCAUUCAAGCCACACAGUGUUUAGAUGUGCAUCAGCACACCCACAACCACCUCUCCAUCCUCCAUGGACAAUUUCUAAAAAGAGUUAAAUGUACACCUGUGACAGAGGGUGUAGUGCAGAGACUUUUAAGGGAAGAUGGAUGAAGAAAAGCUGAUACUGUGGAGAACACACAAGAGGAUAACAAGUGGGUGGCAUCAUCAUGUAGGUGUUCCAUAAAAAAUGAGGGAACAAUCUGUUAGCUCUCUGCUAAAUGUGCAAAACAAGGGCUGUUGGACUCUAGGGGAACUGCAAGUGUCUAGCGUAGACAACUGCUGGAUGUCUCUAUUCCAUUACUUAUUUUGUUGUCCUUUUUCUCAUGUUGCACUAGGCCAAACCAUGGCUUACUGAGACCAAAGAGGAACCCAAGUCCACUUUGGUCUCCCUGCUACUUGCCUUACUCUUGCUUUUGAUGAGAUGCUCUUUAGAAGGUGCCCCAUGCAAACAGGACCUCUCUGCAGCUAGAAACUUGGAUUUUCAAAGGGAUAAAAUGGCUAUCAAGAGCACUGGUCAGGCACCCAAUAUCCUGGUCCCAGGCUUCUUUGGGGAGAGGAGAGGUAGUGACUACUUGAAACUAAACAAACACAUGCACAAGCCUGGCUAAGAACCAGUUUCCUUCAGAACCUCCAGGCUCCCAGUUUGGCAGAGCUCCAGGCAGUCCGUUCUGGCCAGAAAGAAAAGACUCUGCCUGAAGUUUUGGCUUCCUGUUUCCUUCAAGGGGUUGAAGGGAGUUUCCGAACCUGUAUUUUUUUUUUGGCAGUUUGUAUAUCAUGGUUCCCUCCUAAAGAAUAGAUGUUGCUUGAUAAGUGGUAUGUUCUAUGGCACAUGCCUUUGUUUGUCCUGCUUGUAAACCUAAAGGGACUCAAGGAGGCAGGUGACUAGAGAGAGAAUGUUUAACACUGUUUGGGGUCUCAUCACCCACACUUGUAGGGAUCAAGACAUUUGCCCCCUUUUAAGGGAACGGGAAGAAAUUCACUUAGCCAGGACCUUUCAAUUCUUAGCUCUGGCACAACCAGAACCUCUUAGACCAGGCUUCCUCAACCUCGGCCCUCCACAUGUUUUUGGCCUACAACUCCCAUGAUCCCUAGCUAGCAGGACCAGUGGUCAGGGAUGAUGGGAAUUGUAGUCUCCUAACAUCUGGAGGGCUGAGGUUGAGGAAGCCUAUCUUAGACUCUUGCAGACAUAAAUUUUAUUUGUGGGGCCCUCCUUUCUAUUCCCCCACCCAAACUGAAUUGGGUAGGUCAGGUUUUAAUUUCAACAGUGCCAGCUAAAUGAUGCUUGUUUUGGUGGGGUGGUCAUAAGCCUCACUCAUUAACUUCCCCCUUACACCAGAUAAUAUGAGGAAAAUGAUAUUAAGCCUCACUUAAGAGGCUUGCAUAAUAACCUUCCCAUGCACAGACAUAAAGAAGUGGCACACAAGCCUUGAAAAAAUGUGGGGCAGGAUAAAACCCAGAAGGAUUUCAGGGUGGCUGGAGACACUGGCCUUGGAGAUGCUGUGUGUGUGUGAAAUCCCAACAUAGUUGAUGAUGUGGAUAUAAAAAACCUUCAACAGAUGGGAACAGGGAAGACCCUGGGCUGGCACAGGCUCUCUUUGGGGCAUCUGGACCCAGAAGCCUUGCCUUCUUUUCCCACUCCCUAGAUGCAGGAUGGCUUCCUUCCCCCAACACCCCUUCUCAUCCCCUCAUCCACUGCAUUCCAGGCAACAUCCUGCCCAGCCCCCCCCCCCCCGCCUGCCUGCAGGAAAACAUCUGGCUCCAAUUAGAGCAGCAGCAGGAGGAGAGGACGGGCUAUUUUUAUCAAGCCAAACUAGGGAGGAGUGGGAUAAAGAGCUAAAGGAGCAGGGAGGAAGGGGUGUGUGCCUUGAGCCCUUUUUGUCCCAGGACCAAUGACCCCAAAUGUCCUACCAGGGGCCAGAUGCUGUCAGGGGUGGGGUUUGUUUUCUUGGAUGGAAGAAUUGGUUGUUUUCCCUAAUUGCAAAAUAAACUCUUUAAGCAUCUGA